UGCGUGCGUGUUUGUGUGGGUGCGUGCGUGCUUUUAUAUCUGCUCGUGUGUGUGUUGGCGUGUGCAGUAACUGCGGCAGCCCACCCCCGAAACUAAUGAGCAAAAUGAGCAUGUUCUUUAACCGAGUGCCGUUGUUCAGCUGCUUUAGCGGCAACAGCGAAAGCUGCGAGGAGCUGUUGCCUUUGAAUGGGGCCGUGCGUAAGGAGCCCGUUAUCCUGAAUGUCUACGAUUUGUUUACUAUCAACGAAUAUGUAACGCCACUCGGACUGGGCAUCUUUCACACCGGCAUUCAGGUGUAUGGGACGGAGUACACCUUUGGCGGGCAUAGCCUGAGCAAUACGGGCAUCUUUGAGUUGGCGCCGCGCAGUGCUCAACAGGAGUUGGGCCAAAACUUCCGCUAUCGCGAGAGCAUCCACCUGGGCCACACACAUCUAAGCCGCGAUGAGGUGCGUCGCAUUGUGGAGCAACUGGGCUGGCAAUUCAGUGGCAACAGCUACCACCUGACCAGCCACAACUGCAAUCACUUCUCGGAUACAAUGUCUCGCAUUUUGUGUGGCCGGCAGAUACCGGGUUGGAUCAAUCGAUUGGCACACUUCGUUGGCUGUGUGCCAUUCCUUGAGCGCUGCUUGCCCCCUGAUUGGCUAACACCCAUGUAAGUGGGCGUGACAGCAGCAGAGGAUGAUGGCGGUGUUGGAAGGGGGCGGGUGUGCGUGUGCGAACAGCUCAACAAUUAUCAUAUUCCUAGCAUAAGAUUCAUUCAAUUCGUUACUGUGUUAAUGUGUCUAGACAAUUAUAGUAGGAACCUCAAGUACAAGUAUCAUCCAAUCCAAAUCCAAAUCCUAAUCCAAAUCCGAAUAAAUAGUUAU